AUGGUGUCGCCUCUGCCCUGGCUGUACGUUGUUCUCUGGGUAGAAAAUGCCCUAGGGAAACUUGAAGAUGAAGGAAACUUCUAUUCCAAAAACAUCAGUCGGAUUCUGGACAACUUGCUUGAAGGCUACGACAAUCGGCUGCGACCGGGAUUUGGAGGUGCUGUCACUGAAGUCAAAACAGACAUUUACGUGACAAGUUUUGGGCCCGUGUCAGACGUGGAGAUGGAGUACACGAUGGACGUUUUUUUCCGCCAGACUUGGACCGAUGAGAGGUUGAAGUUUGGGGGGCCAACUGAGAUUUUGAGUUUGAAUAACCUGAUGGUCAGUAAAAUCUGGACACCUGACACUUUUUUCAGGAAUGGCAAAAAAUCAAUUGCUCACAACAUGACAACACCUAAUAAACUCUUCCGAAUAAUGCAGAACGGAACCGUUCUCUACACCAUGAGGCUCACCAUCAACGCUGACUGUCCUAUGAAACUGGUUAACUUUCCUAUGGAUGGGCAUGCGUGUCCGCUCAAAUUUGGCAGUUAUGCUUACCCCAAAAGUGAAAUCAUAUACACAUGGAAAAAAGGACCACUUUACUCAGUGGAAGUCCCGGAAGAAUCCUCAAGUCUCCUUCAGUAUGAUCUGAUUGGACAAACAGUAUCUAGUGAGACAAUUAAAUCUAACACAGGUGAAUACGUAAUAAUGACAGUUUAUUUCCACUUGCAAAGGAAGAUGGGCUACUUCAUGAUACAGAUCUAUACUCCUUGCAUUAUGACAGUCAUUCUUUCCCAAGUGUCUUUCUGGAUUAAUAAGGAGUCUGUUCCAGCCAGAACUGUCUUUGGAAUCACCACUGUUUUAACCAUGACCACUUUAAGCAUCAGUGCCCGGCACUCUUUGCCAAAAGUGUCUUAUGCAACCGCCAUGGAUUGGUUCAUAGCUGUUUGCUUUGCUUUCGUCUUCUCUGCUCUUAUUGAGUUUGCUGCUGUCAACUACUUUACCAAUCUUCAGACACAAAAGGCCAAACGGAAGGUGCAGAUUGCAGGCUCACCCCCAGUGACAAUAGCAAAAGCAACUGAACCCCUGGAAGCUGAGAUUGUUUUGCAUCCUGAUUCGAAGUACCAUCUGAAGAAAAGAAUCACAUCUCUGACAUUGCCAAUAGUUCCAUCCCCUGAGGCCAGCAAAGUCCUCACAAGAGCUCCCAUCUUACAGUCAACACCUGUAACACCCCCACCCCUCUCUCCAACCUUUGGAGGUACCAGUAAAAUAGACCAGUAUUCUCGGAUUCUCUUCCCAGUUGUGUUUGCAGGAUUCAACCUUGUAUACUGGAUAGUUUAUCUUUCCAAAGAUACAAUGGAAGUGAGCAACAGUGUGGAAUAG